AUGGAUAAUGGACAGCAUGCGGCAACAGCAAUCGAAUCAUCAGUUGUUCGUGAUACAUUCGACGAGCCCCUUGGAACUCCGUCAUUGAUUGGCUUGCAGCAGUUGACUGAUGGGCUUUGGGAUAAUAUCACCUAUAACACCAAUACUGAGAAUGCAUUUAUCGACAUGAAUGACGAUAUACUGACGUUGAAUAUACCGCCAAUGGAUUAUGAGCGAACAACAAGUGAGAAUUUCGCCGAUAUUGUGUUAUCACAGCUUGAUAAUCGAGAUGAAAACCUCUCCCGCAGUUGUGGCAUUGACGAAUUAAAAGAAAUGAAUAUUGCUGCACUGAAAUCAGUGCCAACUUCUGCUGUCAGACCGGAGACUGAUGCAUUUCAACUAGAAUUUGAUGUGACAGUAGAAGGAGGGCGUCAAAGUGCUUAUAUCUUCAAAGGUCGCUCACUUUUUGCGAAGAUGAAUACCAAUGUCAUAUUUGCAGUGAAAUGUCCUAUUCCUCCUCCCCCAAAAUCAUUCAUUCGGAUUUGUGCUAUUUAUUUGGAUAACAUUUAUGCUCAUGUUCCAGUUCGUCGAUGCGAUUAUCAUCGUUCGCGAGACAGAAAUCAGGAAGAGCACUUCUUAAUUGUGACUAAUAAUUGCAAAGCACAACAUCUGAUAGAAAAAGUAAAAAAUGAAGAAGGUUCUCGUUCAUUUGCAGUUGUACCUUUCGACGCACUUCAUGCAAACAAAUGUUUGAUGCUACAGUUCCGGUGCUAUUCGUCUUGUGUUGGUGGUAUCAAUCGGCGGCAAGUAGUGUUGUGUUUCUCUUUAGAAAAUGGUGAUCAUUUACUUGGGGAGAGUAAGAUGCACCUGAAAGUUUGUUCACUUCCAAGUCGAGAUGCAAAUUUGGAUGUUGCUAAUUUGCCACGUAACAAACGUCCACCUGCCAAACACUAUCCAGCAGUUGCAGAAGUUGUUUCUGUUUCAACAAAAAAUACACCGCAACAAGCAUGGGAUGAUGACGAUACAAUUUAUUCGUUAGAGAUUCGUGGAAAACAUUUGUAUAAAAUAGUUUGUGCUAUUGUCGGUAAUUUCGAGUUAACCAGAAAUUUGCUGAAAGAUAAAAGUCAAAGGAAUAAUAAAGACAUGUUGACGGUGAGUGACGGUUCAAGCUCGCUAUCACAGAAUACUCCCAUUGAUUCGUGGCUGAACACUUUGGAAUUGUCGAAAUAUAAGCACUUAUUUGCGGAUCGGUCGUUUUAUGUAAUUGGUGAUCUUGAUGGGGUCAUCAACAAAAUGUAUUUAUUGUCGAUAGGUGUUACCGAAGAAGAUGCUACAAAGAUGUUAAACUCAUAUUUGGCUUGGUUCAAUAUUUUUAACUCUCAGCGCCUGAGCAGUUUGUCAUCCGAAGGUUCUACAAUUCGAGUGCAAAGGACUCGUGUAAGCGGUUCUCUUCGGCUACCACACUCAAAGUAG